AGUGGAUUGUUUGUCUCUCGUUCUGUUAAUCGCUCAGAUCUUCCUCUGAGAGUGAGUAGGCCGUGUGCGUGUGUGUGUGUGUGUGUGUCGUCAGUGUUUCAGUAGGUGGGUCGUGUCUGUAUGUUCAGGUGGAGCUCGAGGAGCCACUUCCUGUCACAGAGCAGAUCUAGAGCUUCAACGAAGUCACGGCGUCUCAUACACACACACACACACACUCGUGCGUCUCGAACCUGCGGCCCAUCAGACGACAGACAAGCAGACAGACGGAGGGAUAAUGAUGGCGUGGAGAGGAGCGUCCGCAUUGGUCAUCCUGCUGUCCAUCACACCUGUGUCAGCUAUUUCACCGUAUGAUCCUAAUGUCUGUUAUAUCCUGGAUGCGGGUCUGCUGAUGUACGCCGUCAUCAUCACUGCCUUCUUCGUGCGUGAACGAUUCAUCAAGAAGAGAAGCAAAGUGGAUCAAGACUCUGUGUAUCAGCCCAUUUCUAAGAACCAGUCGCCGUAUGACGUCCUGCGCGGAGCUGAGGAGGGUCCAGCCAGAGGGGGCCGCAAGCGAGGAGACGACACUUACACGGUAAGAGCCUCUUCAUCACAGGAAGGAAGUUCAUUAGCAGCACUGAGAAGAAGAAUCCAGCUGAAGAAACCACAGAAACAGCAUCAGAUCAGAUCAGAUGUGACAGAAACAUUACUCACACGCAGAAGCAAGGGGCUUCGCUUUACAACACUUCACUUCCACAAAGAAGAUUUCAGCGAACAGCUCCCAAGAGAACCUUUGGUUUUUUGUCUCUAAGAGCAAUUUCCUUUCCUUUCCACUGGACGAAAGGUUCCCCUAGGAAAAAAAUUCUAUCUUUAAAACACAUUUAUUGAAACAUUGUGUGGAAGCAUUUAUGUUUAAGAUCACAAAGCGUCCUUUAGCCCUGUUGACGACAUCUGAGACAAUUCUGAAUGAAACCAAUUAAACACUGAUUUUAAUGAACACACAAACACUCUCUCUCACAC